AGAAGUGAAGGAAAAGGUCUGAUUUAUUGAUUUUAUUCAAUUAAUAGUUCUCGGAAUUCGACAUUUGCAAAGUCUUUUGAUUUUUUUGGGAACCGCAGCUACCUUGAUAAUGCGGGUGAACCUUUCCGUAGCUAUUGUGGCCAUGACUGAUAAUAAAAAUGCGAACCCUAAUUUUGAGGAAUUCCACUGGGAUGAAAAAAUCAAAUCGUAUCUACUCGGAAGCUUCUUCUGGGGCUACGUAGUCACCCAAAUACCAGGAGGAUACAUUUCGCAACGCUUUGGUGCCAAGUUUCUUCUUUUCUUUGGGUUACUCUUCUGCUCUCUUCUCAACAUUUUAACUCCAUGGUGCGCUUCCUUCGGAGGUUGGAAGUUACUAUUUGCUUCACGUCUUCUACAAGGAUUAUGUCAAGGUGGAAUUUUUCCUUCAUGUCACGUGUUACUUUCAAAAUGGUGUCCUCCGGAAGAACGAGGUGUUAUUGCAUCCUUCGCAUAUUCAGGGUCUGCAUUUGGAACUGUUGCAAUUUUGGCGACUAGUGGAUUUAUUGCUUCGGCUAUAGGAUGGCCCAGCAUUUUCUAUUUGUCGGGAAUAUCAGGACUAGUUUGGUGUGGUAUAUGGUUUUUCCUAGGAUCCAGCAGUCCUGCACAAUGUAAACUUAUUUCCGCAGAAGAGAAACUCAUGAUAGAAACUGCUCUGGGUAAAUCCCAAAACGAGAAGAAGAAAAACUUCUCGACGCCAUGGAAAAAAGUAUUUACAUCACCACCGUUUCUUUCCUUGAUUCUGGUGCACUGCACAAAUAACUGGGGUCAUUGGACGUUGUUGACCCAGAUUCCCAGCUAUAUGAAAGGAGUACUAGGAAUGGAUAUUAAGAAGAAUGCGUUGCUCUCGGCCCUUCCCUAUUUUUCCAUGUGUCUUACGAGUCUUGGAUUUGUUGUAGUGGCAAAGAUCCUGUCGAAGAAGAAAUACCUCUCAAUUGAAAUGGAAAGAAAACUGUUCAACACAAUCGGACACUGGGUACCGAUGUUAUCACUUGUUGGAUUAGGAUUCGUCAAAACCCAUGCGACAAUAGCUGUUACUCUCCUAACGGUAGGAGUGGCGUUUAACUCGGCGAUCCAUCUUGGUUUUCAAGUGAACCACAUCGACUUGGCCUCAAAUUUUGCUGGAACGCUUAUGGGCACAACUAACUGUUUUGGUAAUUCUAUGGGAGUUUUUGCUCCUCUGGCUGUUGGAUUUAUCGUCACAAAUGAGCAUGAUCCGAAUCAAUGGCGAAUAGUGUUCUUCAUAGCAGCUGCAAUCUAUUUCUUGGGUAAUUUGAUGUUUCUGAUCUUUGGUACUACGAAGGAGCAACCAUGGAAUAACCCUGAAUCUGGAAAGGAUAAGGAAGCUAACGCUGAGGAACUCAGACCAAUUAGACCGGAAGGUGAAUCCGGAAUGAAUUGAAGGAACGGAGGAAGCAUCAAAAAGUUGUUCCAGCCUGGACUGAUUAAAAGGAUAUGGUUGUUUCCUAUAUUCGAGAGAAUUGCUGUCCAGUGAAGGCUCUGGCUAAAUGGAAUGUGUUUUCUAGUCAAUUUUUAGUUCUGUUGGACUCAUCUGCUGACUAAACAGAUCAUAUAUUUGAUAAGCUUUAUUUUGUACUAUAUGCGGUUAUAUAAAAGUUGUUGAAACCUGUUUGCGUUGUCUCCA